AUGGAAUCGCAUGAUGAUCCUGGGGUGCAUCUCCCUGGCACCGAGCGGGGUCUGUUGUCUCUCAAAGUCCUCAAGAGGCUCAUCGUCUUCAUCGUCGGGCUCAUCAUCUGCAUCAUCAACCGUGCCGAAAUCCAAAUCCAAAUCCAGAUCCAAUGUAUCCAGUUUAUCGAAUGA